AUGGCGUCGAACCCGCUAGAGCGGGUACGAGAGCAGCGCGCGAUGAAGUUACUGACCGCGUUGCAAGAUGAUCUCCACGCUCAGAUGAGGUUGGAGAAGGACGAGCUGGGGCGGAGUGAAGAAAAUAAAAGAGCGAGCCUGCGACGGAAGGCGCGAAUCGCUCGACUCUCGGACCCACAGGAGCGCGAGAGGAUCUGGAGCCGCGAGCAACUGCCUUCGUACGAGGGUGUAGCAAUUUGCAGUUUACCGAAGACGCGGGAUUUCUGGCGAGAAGUUGAAGUGUCCGUGUGGUGCAAGGACCAGUUAGAUGCAGCAUGUACGCUAUUAGAUCUACCAAUUGAUGGCAAAAAGCUGGAGUUGGUUGCUCGUAUACAAGAUUGGGUGCAUGAGCCAGAAAUUCUUGCUCGUCUGGAAGAACAACGCUUGCUGGAGCUCCAACAAGAUGCCAUUCUAGCUUCUGGUCGUGUGUUUGCAUUCGGAUCCAACACCAACGGAGAGCUUGGCUUGGGCCACCGUCGUUCCUGCGAGAUACCCACCGAGAUUGAAAGUUUUCGUGGAGCACACGUCGCGAGCGUAUACUCGGGCUUCGACGCAAACUUCGCUUUUGCUCGUACUGAAGAUGGACUAGUGUACGCGUGGGGUGGUGCUGGACGUGCCAUAUUUGAUGAGGCCAGCGCAAAGGCAAGUCGAUCAAAGAUACAGCAGCAAGAAGAAGUGGAACAGAACAAGCAUCAUGCACGUGGUGGUGAUGGUUCAUGCUUUUUAUUUCCAAGGUUGAUCUCGAGUUUGUCGAGCAGGCACUCCAAACAUAUCGCCUGUGGUCGAACUGGAGGACACGUUGCUAUAACAAGCGACAAGGGUGAAUGCUUUACGUGGGGCAGGGGGGAAUAUGGCGAAUUGGGGACGAAUACCUGUGAAUCUGGCGCCAAGGCCGUCACAGAGGAGCCAACUCGCGUGAAGAUGCUGAAUAAAGUGCUUGUAAUUGCUGUCAGCGUAGGCAACACCCACACUGCAGCAAUCACCGACAAAGGAAGGCUGUACACUUGGGGUAGCUGUUGGAGCGGCCAACUAGGUUUGGGAGAAUCGAAGCGAGCUGGGGUGAAAGAUAAGCACUUGCAGCUGUGCUUCCCGACCCCGACAAUUGUAGAGGCACUUCAAAGCAAACGGAUCACGCGUGUCUCUUGUGGAGCCGUGCAUACUGCAGUCGUAUCUGCUGAUGGCCAGCUCUUUACGUUCGGCUGCGGUGACGGCGGUCGUCUUGGACUUGGCAGUAAUGACGGUUCGUUCCAUCCUCAACACGUAAGCGCUCUAGAGAAUCAUGUCGUGUUGGACGUGAGCUGCGGCAGCUGGCACACACUGUGCAUCGCACGUGAACGAGAAGAAACAUUCCCUGUUAGGGCACCUCGGAGAGUUCUAGUCACUGCAACCAACUGCAAUGGCAGCAAUGGUGGCUUCGUGUACGCCUUCGGAAGCGGCCUCCAAGGACAGCUCGGUUUGGGCAAACAGAAGCACGCGGCACUUCCAACUUGUCUUCCAGCGCUACGCCAUCGCCACAUCCGCUGUCACGCCAUCACCACAUCUUCUCACCACAGCUGCGCCUUAGCCGUUGACGGGAAUCUGUACACUUGGGGCCAAAAUGCGUCGGGUUGUCUGGGCCGCAAAGGAUCCGAGAUCGACGCCCCAGAGCUUGCCGAGCCUGCGGUCGUGGACCGCGGCAGCUUCCGGGGUUACGGCGUCGGACCCAUCGUCUCCAUUGCAGCGGGGCACGGGUUUACGCUUUUCGCGACGGGACCGUGGGAGCCCCGAGAAGAACCUGCAAAGUUGCAAUUCCAACUGCAAACUAAAGUUAACCGUCAACGUCAAAUCAGCUCAUUCACCAUUCCGCCGCCUCUUCGCGAGAUCGAGAUGCAGUCCGCGCCGCCUUCCUCGCAGGGCAGCAUGAUCAACACGGGCGUGUACCGCUAUGAGCGCAACCGCGGGAGCCACGAGUUCUUCAGUCCGGGUCCGCACGCCACCACGCGCACCGCAACGGCGCCGUCUGCUAUCUUCAAUCUCGUGAGCACGAUCAUCGGCGGCGGCAUCCUGUCGCUGCCUUUCGCCUUCGACAAAUGCGGCCUCGUUGUCGCGUUUAUCUUCAUGGUCACCGCCGCCUCCGCCUCCACUUUCAGUCUCUACGUCAUCGUGAGCUGCAGUCGUCGCGGGAGUGCCGCCUCGUACGAAGAAGUAGUGCGCAAGGCGCUUGGCGCGCGGGCUGGACGCAUCACCGUCGUGCUGCUCGUGCUGCUCACUUUCCUCACGCUUGUUGCGUAUGUCAUCCUCACCAAGGAUCUGGUGGGCUCGCUUGGCGCGAGUUUUCUCUACAAUCGACCGCUUUCUAAUGCGGAGCAGAACAUCCUGACAAUCGUCUGCGUGCUUCUCGUGUCGCCGGCGCUGCUCGCACGCUCCAUGGACGCGUUACGAUUCACUUCCGUUUUUAGUCUUGUGUCCGUGCUGGUGCUGGCAAUUGCCAUCACGGUCCGAGCAGCGGACGCUACGUUCAGCCGUCUUGACAUCCAGGAGGAAUCAGGGAUCUCCAUCAAGCUGACUCCCGACAGCUGGGCAGAUGCUGCAUACGCGUUCCCUAUCAUCUCUGUGUCGUUCCUCUGCCACUUCAACGUGCUGCCAGUUUAUCGCGAGCUGCACAAGCCGACGCGCCACCGUCUUAAAAAGAUCGUGGCGUCUACCAUGUUCUCGACGUGGCUGUUCUACAUUUUGGUCGGUAUCAUGGGAUACCUGUUCGCGUUCCGGCAAGAGGGUGGUGUUCAGGGGGAUAUUCUGAAUAACUUCAGUGACAAUGAUCCGCUUGUGAACCUCGGACGACUCGGAUUACUUGUCACUAUUCAACUGAGUUUGCCACUCAUCAUCCAGCCCUGCCGCGCCAACCUGCUUCGUCUCGCCAAAAUCGUCCGUAGCUACAUGCGUACGCGUGCCAAAGUGUACGACGCACCCGAUUCGACUGAUUCAGAGAACGAAGGAGAGACUAUGAGCGAGGGCACGGCGCUCUUGCCCUCUAAUGGCGGUGUAGUGCCUAGUACCAGCACGGGAGGGAGAUACAAGUCUACUGUUGUGCACGUGUUGCUCACCGUCGGCAUCAUGAGUGGUGUCAUUACCAUCGCGCUUCUUUCGCCAGGCGUGGCUGUCGUUUGGAACCUCAUGGGCUCCACCGUUGGGCUUCUGAUCUCGUAUGUCUUACCGUGCGUAUCCUACGUGUGCAUUCGGCGCGAAAAACCCAACACGGACCGUCGCAAACUCAUGGCGUGGAUUAUUCUCGCAAUCAGCUCCAUCGUCUGUGCCGUAUGCACAGUUCAGGCAUUCGUGUCCGUCUUCAGCCUGUAG